AUGGCGGUCUCCGGCCUCCUCAAGGCUUUCGCCGCCCUCACACUCGUUUCAUCCUCGAUACAAUCCGUCGCCGCAUACAGCAACUCGAGUACGAUCUGCUCGACGUCCUCCAAAUGCAUUCCCUUCACAAUCGAGGUGAGCUGGGGCCAACCCGACCCCAGCGUUGGCCUCGAGCGCGAUGUCAUCUUGACCAACGGCUCGCUACCAGGUCCUCCUCUGGAGCUCAAGGUCGGCGACUGCGUUGACUUCACCGUCAUCAACCAGCUCGACACGGUAACGGGCGUCCACUUCCACGGCAUUCGCCAGUACGGAACCCCCUGGGCCGACGGUGUGCCCGGUGUCAGCCAGUACUCGAUUCAACCCGGAACAAGCUUCAUGUACCAAUGGACGGCGGAAGAUGCGGGGACGUACUUCUACCAUGCUCACUACAAAGGUCAGAUGAUGGACGGGUUGUACGGAGCGAUCCUGAUCCAACCGGCCGACGAUGCCGACCUGCCAUUCAGCCAGAUCAGCGACGACGUGGCCCAGCUGACCGCCGCGGCGUUGGACGUCGAGGCCGUGUUUGCCUCUGACUGGAAUCAAUUCACCGCGGCCGAGUUCUUGGCCAUUGAGCAAGCCGCCAACAUCGACUUCGCCUGCACCGACGCGAUCAUUCUCAACGGCAAGGGCAGCGUCUACUGUGAGCCCGUCGAUGUGCUCAUGGCCAACGCCGCUCCUCAAGUGACACCAAUUCUGAACGGCACGACCCUGACGCCCAAGGGCUGCAUCCCUCCCAGCAACCCUCUGAUCCAAGGCGUGCAAUACACCCGCGUCUUGUCCAACCUGCCGAGCGGCGCGUACGACACAUGCACGCCGGUGACGGGAGCCAACUACACGUACGAAGUCGAUGCUGCCAACGGCUGGGCGGCCAUGUCGUUCAUCAACCCCAGUGGAACCGCGCUGCUCAAGGUCACCAUCGACAGCCACAAGCUGUACGUGUACGAAUUCAACGGCGGCUACAUCGUGCCUCAAGUCGUCGACCAGUUCGUGUUGGCCAACGGCGACCGGAUGUCGUUUUUCGUCAAGCUCGACCAGACGCCCGGCGACUACACGAUCCGCGUGGCCAACGACGGCAUCAACCAGGUCAUCUCCGGCUUCGGCACUCUGUCGUACAAGGGCGGCAACGGCGCAGUCGCCGGCGUGUCUGUCAUGAACUACGGGGGCCAGAACACGACCGAGAUCGUCCCCUUCGAUGCCGGCGCCGCCGCUCCAUACCCGCCCCAGCAGGUCGGCAGCACCGCGGCCACCAGCUAUGUCUUGGACAUCAUGAAGUCUCCUGCGCAGCCGACCGACUCGUGGGCCUGGACGCUGUCCGGCGUGGAGUCGUACAACCAGUCGCGCGACGACGAGCAGCCGCCUCUGCUGUUCCAGUCGCCGGCAUCCAUCCCCGACAGCGACUUAAUCCUGAAGACCAGCUUCAACACCUGGGUCGAUCUGAUCAUCAAGGUCGCCGGCCCCAUUGCCGAGCCGCAUCCGAUCCACAAGCACGCCAACAAGUUCUUCGUCAUCGGCGCCGGCGUCGGCGACUUCAACUACACCUCGGUCGCCGAGGCCCAGGCCGCCGGCCUGCCCUUCAACCUGGUCAACCCGCCCUACGUCGACGGAUACACUUCGGUCCCGGCCGAGGGCGGCGGCUCCUGGAUGGUCUUCCGAUACUACGUCAACACCCCCGGUGCUUGGCUGCUCCAUUGCCACGUGCAGUCGCAUUUCAGCGGCGGUAUGGCUGUCGCCAUUCUCGAUGCUGUCGACAACUUCCCCACGCUCCCCAAGGAUAUCGGCAAGGUCUGCCCUGGCACCGGCUCGAGCUCGAGCUCUGCUUCAGGCUCUGCGUCUGGCAACUCUUCCUCCACCUCUACCAGCUCUGGAUCCAGCUCCACUUCAACCUCAACCUCAACCUCCAGCUCCAGCUCUGGGUCUGGUUCGGGAUCCAGCGGCUACAGCGGCUCCGUCACCAACUCUACCACCACAUCAUCCACCACGGCCCCAGCUACAUACACGGGCGCCGCUACUCAGACGUCAGUCGUCGCCCCCUUCGGCCUUCUUCUCGCCCUGGCUGUGGCUUUCUUCACUACUCAGUAG